AAUAGUCUAGCUCCUCUUCAGUUACUGAAACAAAAUGGGAUCUAGUCCAGAUGACCCGUCUCAGGAGCUGUAAACAAAUUGCGUUUUGCCGAGAAAGCUGAUGUCCUGUCAGCCGGGCCCGGAAUGCAACCGGCCCGGAAUUGGUCUGUAGUGGGCGCAGGGCAGUGCGUGUGUGACCGGUUUGCUGCUGGGACUACAUGUCCCGUGAUGCAUCGCGGCUGUCCACCUCCCAUUCCCCCUGUCACUGUGUAUGUACCGGAUGGUGAUGGCGGCGGCAUAGGCGAGCACGGAGAGCUGGGAUGUCGGUGCUGCGGCUCAGUCUCCUUUGCCGGUUUCUUCGAGAACAGGCGGCGCCUGGCACCGUGCUGUGCACAAGCUGCAGGCGGCUCCUUGACGGAGGGUGUCUGUAUGGAAGUACACACAGAUGGUCAUCCUCUGCCAAGCCUAAGGAUGAGGUCAGUGCCAGCGAUGUCUACAGGUUGGAACUACUUGAAGUCCUGCAGACUCGGUUGCAGCAAUUGAAGGAAGACAAGGGUAAUGAGAAGCCCCAAAAAGGAGAAGGAAGACAGGAAGAAAUUAAUAAAACCUCUCAGACUCCUAAACGCUGGAUGGAAAAGCUGAAAGAAGAACAAAUUACAUGGCAUAAAAAGCAGGAGGAAUUACGUACCAUGAAUUAUGAUAACGUGGUUCCUGCCAAGGUUCAGGUCAGCCAAACUAUGGAAAAGCCAACAACAAAAGCAAAGAAAGUGAAGAAAAAUAAUAAAAGGGAUAUGAAGCAUUUUUCCGCACCAUUGUCUGCACCAGCAUCUCUGCCACCUAGAGUGCAGAAAGAUGUGGUUUGGAAGCUGACUAGUCAUAUUUUACUGGAGGAUAAGAAAGGAAACGAACAUGGAGGACUCCAGCAAAACAUUAAGAGUUACUUGGAAACUUGCAUAUUCAUAGGUGAAAUAAGCAAAGCCAAAAAUUGGCUAAAGUAUUAUCAGCAGAACGCUGAAAGAAGACACAUCCUUAAUACUUCUAUGUACAACUUGCUGAUGAGGUCCUUUGCUAAAGAGGCUUCAAUGGCUGAUAUUGGUAACCUAUUCAAGAUGCUGGCAGUUGCUGGUUUGAAUCCAAAUUUGGGAUCAUACGCUGCAGCACUUGAAUGCAUGGGCCGCAGUGUCUGCAACAGAAAAGUCAUUCAGAGAUGCUUAAGCAAAAUGGAAAAGGAUGGAAUGUCUAUACACCAACUCUUUCAGCACUUCACCUUUGUUGAAGAUGAACGCGAUAUGGUACUUAAAGCCAUUCACCGUGUCAUUCCGGACUUCAAGCCACCCCCUAGAAUCCAAGUUGUUUGCAAUUCCCCAUUGGUCAGGGAUUUCUACAGCAAAGAGCCUCAACCAUCUUACCCCAAAAUGGAUUUCACAGUGUCUGAUUUACAGGAAAAGUUCAAAGAGCAACUGAAAUUUGAGAGCUGUGAGACGGUGACUAUAAACUCUGUGGAGGCAGCUAAACCAGUGUCUGAGGAUAGAAUCAAAGUGAGAGCUGAGUUGGCUGCCUUGCGCUCAGGUUGGAAAAAGGCUCUCUGCCAUGCUCUCUCCGACUCAAAGAAGCACUUGACAGAGAUCAGCAAGAAGUCUAGCAGAUUAAACCUUUACCCAUAUUUGUGUCUGCUGGAGGAUGAGCAAUAUGUGGACGUUCUGCUACAGACUUUGUCUAAGAUUCCACCUGCAGGGGAUUCAUUCCUAUUGAUUUCCCGGGAUGUUGGAAUGAAAAUCUACAAUAGGUUCUUAAUCCGCAGACAACUGCAUGGAAAUUACAUGGAUAAGAUUAUGGAUUUAUACAAGGAAUACAGCCAGUUAUUAUCCACAGAGGGGACGAUAUCUGGUCAACUACCUCGGGAGUUGUGGGAAAAUUUGGAACAUGAGAAAUUUGGCGGCCCGUGUUAUCCGAAUGCACAUACCCCCUGGCCUUUUUCCCUGCUGGUGCAAUUGGGCACACACUUGGUGGAGUUAAUGGUCCAGACAGUAAAAUUGAGAAACAAUAUGUUCAGUCCUCGGAGUGAAGCAAAGCUCAUCCCAGUGCUGUACCACAUGUAUUCUUUCCGUAGCACACGCCAGAUUGGGCUUAUCAAGCCGCACCCAAUUUACAGCCAAAUCCUGUUAGAUGCAGAAGAGACAGUUCUUGCUUUUGAAGCUGCUGUUAUGCCAAUGCUGUGCCCCCCAUUACCGUGGACAUCAGCUCAGUUUGGUGCUUACCUACUUUCUCCAAUAAAACUUAUGCGUUGCACUGAGGGAGCAGUGCAACAUCAACUGCUGCUGGAAAAAUGUCCUCCAGGACAACUGUACCCAGUGCUAGAUUGUCUUAAUCAACUAGGCGUAUGUGCUUGGCGUAUUAACCAACCUAUCUUGGAUAUUAUUGUAUCCAUCUUCAACGAUAAAGGUAGCAAAAAGCUGGAUAUCCCCCCACCACUUUCUGAGGCGCCGACGCUACCAAUGCAAAUGCUUGGAGAGCAGGGCUCCUGGGACAAGCAAUCACAUCAAAAAGAGCUGGCACGGUGCAGGAAGAAAGCCUCUGAGAUGUUUAGUCUAAGAAUGGACGCUCUUUAUAAACUAUCUAUUGCCAAUCACUUGAGGGAUCAGGUAUUUUGGUUCCCUCACAACAUGGACUUCCGAGGCCGCACUUAUCCCUGCCCUCCAUAUUUUAAUCAUCUAGGCAGUGAUGUGACACGUGCAUUGCUUGUGUUUGCUGAAGGACAGCCACUGGGACUAAGUGGUCUGGAUUGGCUGAAGAUCCAUCUAAUCAACCUUACCGGGCUUAAAAAGAAAAGUUCACUCAGGGAAAGGAAGGAGUAUGCAGAUAAAAUUAUGGAUACAAUUUUGGAUUCUGCUGAUAGACCACUGACUGGCAAGAAAUGGUGGAUGGAAUCAGAUGAACCUUGGCAGACACUAGCAUGCUGCAUGGAAAUUGCAAAUGCAUCACGCUCCUCGGACCCUGCUAAAUAUAUCUCUCAUGUUCCUGUACACCAGGAUGGUUCGUGUAAUGGCCUCCAGCAUUAUGCAGCACUUGGAAGAGAUGAAAUCGGAGCAAGGUCUGUAAAUUUGAUGCCUAGUGAAACUCCCCAAGAUGUGUACAGUGGGGUUGCUCAACAGGUUGAGGAAUUCUGCAAAAAGGAUGCCAGACAAGGAAUUAAAAUAGCUAAGGUUCUAGAUGGUUUCAUAUGUCGUAAAUUGGUGAAGCAGACCGUAAUGACUGUUGUAUAUGGAGUAACUCGCUACGGUGGGCGGCUACAGAUUGAAAAAAGACUGAGGGAGAUGGAUUCUUUUCCACAGGAAUAUGUCUGGGAUGCCUCCCAUUAUCUGGUCCAAAAAGUGUUCAGCAGUCUGCAAGAGAUGUUUACUAGCACAAGACUAAUUCAGCAUUGGCUGACAGAAACUGCUCGUAUGAUCUCCAAGUCUGGAAACACAGUGGAGUGGAUAACACCUUUGGGAUUACCCAUCAUACAGCCAUAUCACCGCCUCCGGAAUGUCAAGUUCCAAAGUAAAUUGCAGAUGGUGUACAUGGCAAAUAAACAUGAUGCUAACGAACAGCCAGAUACCAUGAAACAGAAAAAUGCCUUUCCUCCAAACUUUAUUCACUCUCUGGAUUCUACACACAUGAUGCUCACUGCCUUGCACUGCUUGAGACGUGAACUUACUUUUGUGUCUGUUCAUGACUGUUUUUGGACACACGCAUGUACUGUGGACAUGAUGAAUAAGGAUUCUGCUGGGUUCAUGGUGGAAGCCAUGAAAGACCUUGGAAUGCUGAAUGCAAGGGCUACUUCCAUGGCGGUAUCAGCACGCAGAGGACUCUGGCUAUGCCAAUGGACUGCGGAUGCAGAAUCUAAGAAAAGUGUGGAGAACCUACCCUUCACAGGUCAGGCUCUGUUUGGGGAUGCAUUGGAUGCGUGGAUUUCCAUGGCAACUGCGGGUUUGCCGGGAACAGUUUGUGUCUCUACACAGUCAGCCUAUACUACAGAAUCUCUCUGCAUUCUUAAUACAGAAAUACUGCAACACGUCACAAGCUCAGAGUCCGGAAAAUCUCCGAAUGCUUACUCACUUCAGUGACUUACCGCAGACAGGAAUGUUCAAUCUAGAACAUGUGAAAGAUUCAACUUAUUUCUUCAGCUGAUCGCCUUGCCUUACGUAGUCUCAGCAUUACACUGGAGCCUGGGACUGUUCCAUAUAGAAUUAUAUUAGGAUGUUGCUGUGCAGCAAUGAAUGUCAGUCUAUCCUUCCUGUGGAAGCUUCAUCUGUCUAACAGAUUCCCCAAUUUCUUUAUACAGGAGCCUUUUUUUACAUUUUUUGGUCAAAGGAGUCUGUGUAUAAAUAAACAUGAAUCUGUUUUCAUAA